GGCCUAGCAUUUGAUCGCUAUUGCUGAUGGCUAUCGAAUUUCGACCCGCUAUAUGAUGGCUAUCGAUUUGAUCGCCAAGAUCAACCGAUGGCAUCCGAUAGCGCAAAUCUCGUCCAAUGGCACAGUCUCACCCCCCACUAGCAGGCAUUUCAUCACCGGCACAAAGCAGUAUAAAUCGGAUCGGCAAAUUCACAAUACUCCUCCAACCGUCAUUCAUACGAAAUGUCAACCCCCUCCAGUCUUCCGCCGUUCAACUCCUCAGCUGCUCAUAGUGGCAUGUUUGAACUCUCGAACAUACUGGGCCCUGAAUGGUUGGAUCUCUACAUAAGACUCAUACCAACGGAGAUGCUCCGGACUGAAUUGUAUCUUCUUUACUUCUUGCUCAUGGGUCGAAUCUAUCCUGGUGAUCUUUGGCAAAUAGUGGGUAGGCGUAUCGUGGAAGCGCAGAACGAGGAACUCUUGCGAAAUACUAGUGGACUUUGGGAUUGCAGAAGGCGCGGGAUCGUAGAGCGAACCUUUAUGGAAGAGAGGAGGGAUCGAUGUCAGAUGGAAGUGUCUCUAUGCAGCAAGGCUAUCGAACACAUAGAACAGCGCCGAUCUAUGCCAAUGCCUCCCAUUGCAGUUCCAGUUGAUCACGACGUUAUGUCUCGCUCAGCAACUUCGACACAGGUUAUGGCACCACCUGCGGCCUGUCCGGUAACCGUUCAAGAGAAGUGUAGAACUUGGUUGACGGGACAAGACCCCAGCCUCAUAGCAGUUAACGAACCUUCAUUGGCCGAAAAUGAUCCACCACCGGAUGGCUCUUCUCCUUUGAUAGUCGGGCGGUCUGCGCUUGCGCACCAAGAAAAACGAACUUCCGUCAUCGUGAACUCCAUUGGUCCCUCAUUCCGCCUAUCGAGCACAUGGGUGACUCCUGAUGUCCAAGAGGCUUUUGAUCAGGCAGGCAAGGCGGAACGAAUCAGUCAGGCGGGGUUGACGACAGCGUAUCUUGAUGAGGAACGUUACCAUAUUCAUCACCGCAAUUUUCAGUUGGAGCUGCCUCUCUUGCGAGCAAAGAUGUGUCGCGCCCGAGCUGAGGUAGACGUUUAUGCGCUGGCCAUUGAAAAUGCAUGUGCUUUUGGACAUUCUGACAGCGCUUUACCAUCAUCGCUAGCCCGAGCACCCUCACCGCCCUUACUAGCAAAGGAAGUUGCUCGGUAUAAUGAGGACAUGGAUGACUACUCAAGCGACAGCGACUCUGACUUUGACUGGGACGGUUUUUGGUAGUUUUGUUUCUUCGGCUCUUGUGUCGUCUCGGACACCCCCCUACUAUUUGAACUACAAACAUAACCCCGAUCGACAAAUGUUAGGGCAAUGGCCUUUGAUUUCCGUGACCGGUCAGUGACGCCGCUCCUAGUAAACCGUAAAUCCGCGGGACUGUCUUUUUAAAUUUUCUGGGGUGAAAGAUCCAACGUCUUAACCUAGAACGUAGUAAAUGAAAGAUUUAGGUUAGGUUGUGAAUAGCAUUCCAUCACGUAC